AUGGCUUUAAUGACCCAAAAGUGUGCGGCCGAUUGGGAUGAACAAAUCGAAGCGCAAGACAAUAAGGAGUUUAUUGCUCCGCUAAUUGACCGCGACGGAAAUGCGGCAGCGGCAAUUACCCACAUUGAUGCUUUGUUGUCUGAAAAAUUUGGGAUGCACACAGGGGAGCUCGGGACGAUGCUGGGCAAGACGUCCCUUUGCUCUCGCAAAGAGCAAGGGCCAGAGAUUGAUUUCGAGCAAUCAACUUGUCCGCUCAAUUUCAUUUGUUUACCUUUGCAAAAACAUUCAAGACACCGUACAUCCCACGCACAACAAGCCGUUCCAAGCCCGCUGUUGACUACCUUCAACCCAAACGCCGCCCACGUAUUCGCCACAACCGCACUAUACAAAGCGGAUUGGAUUGGUACCCUUGAUGUACCAGCAUUCACACAUGUUCAGAAAUUCAAGAUGGAGGAAGAUGUUAUCAAUUGGUUUGAUUUACAUGCUAUCAACAAAGCAUUAGUUGAAUUGCAACGAGAAUGGAAAGCUAUAUCAACAAUCGAUCAAGUUCAUCAACUCGGUACUCCAUCUGGAUCUCAUCUUUCUUCACCAAUAUCUCGUCCUUCAUCCACACCACCACGAAGGUCUCUGUUCACUCCGUUAUCUUGUAGCUCUCAAUCGAGUUUUCAAAGUACUCUCAGACAAAAGAAACUCAAUCGUUCAAGCUCAGUCACCAGUGAAAAUAACUCUGAAAUAUCUGACUCAAGCCCUACCAAUAUUCGUAAUGAGAAUCAAAUUCCUAUCUUGUCUUUCCUUUUCCAAAAAUUAGGAUAUCACUUUCCAGGCCUCAGUACAGCUUCAUGCUCAGCCGAAGCUGGGACAACAUUCAAUACUUCUUUCAUGACUUUAAGUCUUGAAAUUUCUCCACAAGUCAAGAAAGACAAGAGCUCGCCAAGAGAGCUAUCAUCUUGA